AUGACGGAUAGGUAUUCGUUUUCUCUGACAACCUUUUCACCAAGCGGCAAAUUAGGGCAAAUUGAUUAUGCAUUAACAGCUGUCAAGCAAGGUGUAACUUCACUCGGGAUUCGUGCCACGAAUGGUGUAAUCAUUGCAACAGAAAAGAAGUCAUCCUCUCCUCUCGCACUAUCAGAAAGUCUCUCGAAGGUGACAUACAUUACGCCUGACAUUGGCGCUGUCUACUCCGGCAUGGGUCCAGAUUUCAGAGUUUUAGUUGAUAAAUCAAGAAAAGUUGCACAUACUCAUUACAAAAGAAUUUAUAAUGAGUAUCCACCUACCAAGAUUUUGGUUUCCGAGAUUGCAAAAAUUAUGCAAGAAGCAACUCAGUCUGGAGGUGUGAGGCCUUUCGGUAUUUCAUUAUUAGUAGCUGGACAUGAUGAACAUAACGGAUUUUCUCUUUAUCAGGUCGAUCCUUCUGGCUCAUAUUUCCCAUGGAAGGCCACCGCCAUUGGCAAGGGAGCAACAGCUGCAAAGACCUUUUUGGAGAAGAGAUGGAAUGACGAGCUUGAGCUUGAAGAUGCCAUCCAUAUAGCAUUGCUCACGUUGAAAGAAUCGGUCGAAGGCGAGUUUAACGGGGACACUAUCGAAAUUGCUGUCGUCGGUGAAGAGAAUGAUGACCUGCUAGGGCUUACUGGUGACAACAGUGCUAAGGGACCGCGAUUUAGAAAAUUGACUCCGCAGGAAAUCAAUGACAGACUAGAUGCCUUGUAA